UCUUCCCAGUGUUCUGAUUUUUACCAUCCAUCCCUCGAUAGUGGUACACCAUAGUGAAUUAUAAUUGCGCGGGAAAUUUGAAUUCAAAAAGUGAUCCUAUCAAGGAAGGGACACCCGCGGGUGGUUUCUUACGUGUUUGGUUUAGUGUUUGAGAUAGUGUGUGAUCAAGUGACGAAUCAGCUGAUCGUUUAGGGGCGCCACACUCUAACGCGCGCUUUUUCUCUCUCUCUCUCUCUCCUCUCUCUGGCAUCCACGCGGUCCACCGGCUGUGUUUAGUUUUCCCGCCAACCGAUCCAUGCCCGAUUUUUAGCCUCCCCCUUAGGGGAGGUCAAUUUCCUUCAGACCUGUACGGUUUUUCGAAGUCGUAAGGGAGUAGAUCUACGUUACUCGAUUGUAUGGUGGUAAUGGACGAUACAGUGUCAUGUUUGUGUCGCCCUGUGGAAAUAGGCUGUGUAUGCUACGCAUUAGGUGAUACUUGUUGACGGAAGUCGCUGCGGACAGUACACAACGGGCGAUACGGUGUGUCUUUUGGGAAAGUCAGGACGCGAGGAGAAGAGUGUCGUUCAAGAUAGUGUCGAAGGGUCGAGAUCGUUCAGGAUACGUGGGUGUCCAGGUGGGUGCGUGCAUGGAAGAAAGAAACGAGAGGAGGAGCUCGUGGUACGAAGGAGAAACAGGCGGAGCAUCAAGGUGGCUCCGCUAACGGCACGUGCGGCGGUGAAAAAAUGUCGAGCGCCGCGGACAGUCCUGAUGGGAUGGCUUUGCAGUCGCACUAUUCCCUACGAUGGAACAAUCAUCAGACUCACAUACUGCAGGCAUUCGAGGCGCUGUUACACGCAGAGAUACUCGUCGACGUGACCCUGGUCUGCGCCGAAACCAGCCUCAGAGCGCACAAGGUCGUUCUUAGUGCUUGCAGCCCAUUUUUCGAGAGGAUAUUUGCGGAGCACCCGUGCAAACAUCCGGUGAUCGUGCUGAAGGACUUCCCGGGCCACGAGGUGGCGGCGUUAAUUGACUUCAUGUACCGCGGCGAGGUGAGAGUGGGUCGCGAGGAGCUCCCAGGACUGAUGAGAGCAGCGGAGAGUUUGCAAGUGCGUGGAUUAGCGUCGUCGGAGCCAAGGCCGGCGUCCCCGCCGGACACCCCGACGGCGGACCUACUAUUGGGAGAACCGUCGACACCGGAAGGUGCCCGACAGGGCAGCCCAGAGGAGGAUGACAACGCGUCGGAGAGCACGGCACCGCCAACGCGGGAGCCGUCAUCGGUGACAACUACCGCCAUAUUCCACCCAGCGAGGGACCAUCGCGACAGGCUACCGCACAUGGGUCAUUUGCACUUCGGGAUGCGCGAGCUGCGGGAGAGCUGCGGUUCACCGCUGCUGCCACGGCGAAAACAGGCCCGACCCCGAAGGAGAUCCGGGGAGCUGGUACCGCAGGACCUGAGUCGACCCCACGCACCCCCGAGCCUGAGUCCACCCGCCAAUGGGUUGAAUCUGAGCAGUGGUCAACAGCAACAACAACAACAACAACAGCAACACCAUCAACAACAGCAGCCUCAAGAGGACAUGGCGGAGAAUCUCUCUAUGAAGAGGUCCCUGUCACCGAGUGGAGCCGAACAACAUCAAGUGAAAGCGGAGAGCAGCGAAACGGCGAGCAGUCCAAGGGCGUCUCCGCUGACGGGCACAAGUCUGCUGCACCCUGACGGGUCUCUCCAGGACAUCCCGUCUGCAGCAGCAGCGGCGGCGGCGGCGGCGGCGGCGGCUGCUGCGACCGGCCUUCCGGCCAUGUCAGCAUUGUCGCUGACGCCGCCGCAUCAUCACAGCGAGUACCUGACGAGCUUGGGCCAGUUAGCGGCUCAGUGGUUACCAAACCACCCGCAGAACCAACUGCCUCCCCCACCUCAAGGCCACCAUCCGCGAGAAGGCAGCCCCCACGGGCCCAACAGAACGCAUCCCUACCAGCAACAGCAGCAACAACAACAGCAGCAGCAGGAGUCUCCGUUAGGGCCGCGACGCACCUCUGUCACAGCAAUGUUCCCACUGGAUGGCGUGGCAUCUUUGGGUGGCGGACUGUUUCCCCAUGCGGGUGCCCUGGACAGAGGAUCCCUCUUGGCGGACUUGCACGACAGCUUUAAACCUGAAACCCUGCACGGUCUGUUCGGCGCAGCGGGUCUCGGUGGUCACCAUCCGGGGAAAAAGCCGAAAAAGCACAGGGGCGAUGGAGACUCGCCCCGCAGAUGGGGGGAUCAUGGUAGCAGGGGUCUACCGGUUGGAAGGCCCAAAGGCCAGCACAGUGCACCUAGGGGAGGACCUCCUAGAUCGUGGACAAACGCGGAGCUCACCGAGGCACUGCAGCACGUCUGGAACAAGAAGAUGACCACGUCGCAGGCGAGCAGGAUCUUCGGCAUCCCAUAUAAUAGCCUCCUCAUGUACGUGCGAGGGAAGUAUGGGAAGAGUCUGAAGUUGGAGCAAUUGAGGAGGGACUGCACGGGCGCCACCACCGGGGAGGUGGUGAUGAACUCGUUGAACAACAACGUAAAGGCUGUCCAGCCUCCCACGCAAAUGACCCAUCCCCUGACCGGCUUGCCUCCCCACCCAGGCGAUGACGGAGGAUUCCCUCACCACUCGUUGCUGGCCGGCAAUUUGCCCCAGGGUUUCUUCCCUGACUUUGCGGCCGCCGCGUUCCCGGUGCCGGUUAGUAUGGUGCAUUUGCUACCCCCCAGCGAACAGAAGGCUUACGAGUCACCUGCGAACCCCGGCGGUGGGGCCGCGGGCAGCGGCGAUCUGUCCACCGGCCGGAGCAGUCGUUCGCCCUCGCCCGUCGACCAUCAUCAUCAUCAUCACGAGUCUCUACAGCCGCAGCCGCCCCAGUCGGCACCCGCGCUGCUCCAGCAAAACGGGUCGGACUAGAAGAGAACCCUAGGUGCUCGAAGAAUACACUGAACAGAACACAUCUAACCUAAAACACCCCCCCCGAUUUGUUCUCUUCUCGCAAGACUGACUUUACGAAAGGGUACAACGCUUAAGCCGCACGCUGUCUACUCCUUUUUGUCCGUCAGCUAAAAUAUUGACGUCGCCUCCAUGGUCCAGCUGCAAGAUGAAGCUGCGCCCGCGGCCCAGACUACUCGUUAUAUUCAUCACUAUAAAUAGUUCCUGCUACAAAAGAGCGAUCAUACCAAAUAGUACAGUUUAACGGAUGGAGAAAAUUGCUCCGUUGCUUGAAAAUGCCGCUGCAGACAUCCCUCGUCGAGAAAGUGACGGUUCCGCUACACGAGGUAAGACUUGAACAAUAGUUUAAAUGUUCUGAUACCGUGCGGAGACAGCAGGAAUGGUUGUUGCUCGUUUGUUUUACACUUUUUGCCGGCAUAUUUUUGCGACAUAUAUGUAUAUAUAUAUAUAUUGUUACACAGUUUAUUAACGAUGUUGCCGUAUCUGACACUGACCAAAUAGAAUCACAGCUGCUGUCCCCGGGGACGGGUCGAAACGAGCUUCCAAGCUGAUCUUUAUUCAUUUUUAUGCGUCACUUUCGAGCGAGACGUUUGCGUUGCUCCCUGACGCGGAUUUAAAUGCCCGCCAAUUAUCAUCGUUCGGAAAUCGGGGGUUCCACAUGCUAGAUGACGGUCAGAGCUUGCCAGGAUAGUUUGGUGUUUCUCAUUUUCACAGUCGGCCGUUUCUGACCAUAGGGGCGAGCAUUGGCCUAACUAGGGGACAGGUUGGGAUUGAAUACCACAAAAAUGAGGGGUGACCUUCUCACUAUUCUAAAAAAUUUAGCUGGCACAUCUCAUCCGAAAGUCCUAGUUUCGCUAAUGUGUUUGAUAUUCAUCCCCCAUGAUCAUUUUCUAAUUUUCUUUUUCUGCAUUAUCUUGACCAGCUCCGCGCGUCAUCUUGCUGAAAAGAAGAGACAAAUGAAUUUUAAUCGUAGACCAGAAUUUCGCAAACAAUAUUUCGACAGACGGAAGCGCAGGGUAACUAACACAUCAGGGAUAGCCACAGACAAAUCUACGAGCUAACGUAUUAAACUUGUAAAGGUAAAUGAUGAACAAAAAAGAAAAAAAAAAUGAUGAAAAAUGAAAAAAAUUAACGUAAAUCUAUAAUAACGAGAUACACAGAGUGGCGAGGAAACCGACACUAAUGGAAACGGUUCAAUUCCGGUUGAUGUCAUAACCUUGCUGCAAUUAGCGAGAGCGAGAUUAAAAUAUAUUAUUAUUUAAAGAAAUAAUUAGAGUGUAACGAAUGAGUGGAGAGUGGAUGGGUAAGAAGAAGGGGUUUAAGUAAAUAUUAGAGAGACCACAGGCUUUCAGCCCCCAAAAUAGCCUGUACAAUACAAACUGAUAUUAUUGAUUAUUAAUAUUAUAUAUAUAUAUAAAUAUUAUAUAUACAGGGUGUUUCAAAAGAGUUUAUAACUACUUCGAUGGGUCAUACCGCAUGUUCAGUACUGUAUAUGUAUUUGUAUUAUUUAUUGUUUUUUAUUAAGAAUUGACAAUAGCUUCUUUGAAACUAGUUGAAUUGUUUGGGGGGUGUUUGUUCAUUUAAUAAUUUUAUAAAAAUUUUUAUUUUUAAUUUAUUUUUAUUUUUUUUUAACUAAUCAAUUGUAUUAAAUUCAUGGUGUCCGAUUUUAACGCGAUUAGAAUACCUUGAUAACUUACGUUGUACAGUGUCGAGCAUGGAAUUUCCAAGGGAAGAUGAUCUUUGCACAUGACUAUGGGGGCAUUUACCUGUAUCCAUGAGGGUAGAUCUAACUUCUCUCAUACAUCGUCAUUAAUUGAAAAAUAAUUUUUAUAAAAAACAAACUGACCAAUACGGUACGAUCGCAUCGAGAAUGGUUUUAACAAUUUUUUAUCCACUCUGUUGACGAGAAGAAGGAGCGAGAUAAUCUAGAUGAAUGCGUGUGAGAAAAUCUUUUUUUCUCUAAAAAAGAAAAGAAAGAAGUGUACGUGCGAAUGGUUGGUAUGCCCGAUGCGAAAGAGACUACGUAAUAGACAUAAUGUGAUAGGCACCAUGUGCAGACUUCAGUAUUAUUUUGCAGUUAAAACGGGGUAAAAAAGAAACAAAACAAAAAAUACGAAGUGGAUCUGUACGUUAGUUAGAAAACUUACGCCUGUUUCGUUGUUCGUAAGCGAUUAUUUUUAGGAACCACACCCCUGAUCGCGAAAACACACUCGACCAAUCCACUCGGGGUCAUACGAGCCUAGGGAUACUUGUUCGGCUCACAAGAUACCGGAUGUAUGGUUGGCCGUGCGAAAGAGUGAGACUCAGAUUUGCUUGUGUGAAAGGAUACACACGUCUACUCGCAUAAUCACACACGCACACUGAGAUUAAUUAUCAUUGCCACAUAGGUUGUAGGUAGAAAGAAAUGAAGAGGUGCGUGUCGAUUGGUCACUUUAUUACUCGAGAAAUAUUGUGUGGGUUGAUCCAAAGAUAAUGAGACCAUUAAGAAAAAUUUUGAUUUGAAAAACUUAAAUUAAUGUAGAAUAAAAAUUAAUACAUUCAUUAAUUUUUUAUAUUCAAAAUUCAUUUUCAUAAAGUCAUGGCAACUUCAGUUAUUUAAAUAAUCAAUCAUUUAGUGCCAUUUAUUAGUAGCAUUAAAGGCAUUGAAUUACUUCGUCGUAUUUUUUAUAUCUCUGCAAUAGAAUUUCCAUUAUUUUUGGACCAAACCACAUAAGAAUAUGAUUGCACGUAGUACAAGUUAGUUGAAUUAUUGAAGGGGUCGUGUAACCGUUGAAGGGUUGGUCGGUAAUAAUUAAUUCGUUGUUAGUGAUGUUGGACGAAAUAGCGGCGGGAGGGAGGAUACGAAAGGUUGUAUUCGAAUGGUGGUAGAAGAAACAGAAAAUCGGACAUUUGUGAUUUGUCGUGUUGUUACUGAUUUCUUACUUGGGUCGCUAUUAUUAUUACUGUAGUAUGAUUAUUAUUAUUAUCAUCGUUCUUUGUGUUACAAUUAUUAUCUAAUAUUAUUAAUUAAUGAAUUGAUCGGAAGCGAUCGAUUGACUCGCGCCACUUAUGGUCGCCUCGUUUCAAAUGCGACAUAUCAUUAGCUCUAUCGUUAAUUUUCCUUUUCUUUAAAUAAAUAAUGUGCACGUUUUCAACACUUUGACUGGCGUGAAAAUGGCAUUAAAUCAAAAACGCGAUACCGCGUGCUUCAUCGCCAGUAUUUAAAGGUGGCACACAACGACUGACUAGUUUUUCUUCAAUUUUUCAAAGUCCACCGUAGCUUUCUAAAACUAUAAAAUUCAUAUGUCUAAGGGGGUAGAUCUAUGAGGUCAGGGCUGACAAUUCGUUUCACACAGCAUGGAUCUAUUGCCUUUGGCAGAAACCUGUUAGGGAAUAAUCUUCCAUUGAAUAUACUUUUGAGUCAGUGAUGACUGAUUGGUGGUGAAGUUUACAUGGCGGUCAAAGUGUUGAGAAGAUGAGUGAAAUGGUGCGUUAAAAGAUAAGGUGUUUCGAGAGCUAUGCAGAAAAAUCAUCAUCAAAUUCAAAGUCAUUUUUGUGAAAUAAAAAUUAAAGGAUUAGUAUCACUGUAAGCUUAGAGUCUUCAAUAUUGUCAUUUUGAGGGUAGAAUUUGUGAUAUUUUAAGAGUUGCUUUAAGAAGCAUCUCUAAACAAUGAUAAAACUCGACUGCUUAUAAUUAUUUAAAAGAAAUCAUUCAUUUAUUUUUUUAGUUUUUAUAAAAAUAAGCAUCGUCAGUAUCAAAUAUUCAAUAAAUUGGCGGCCAUCAAAAGGCUAGAAUUCAAAAUUCAGCGAAAGUCUUGCAACUUUUGCAAAUUAUAAACAUGAAAACAGUAUUUAAGUUAUUGACUUAUCAUCGAUAAGAACAAUAGCCAAAUGUGUUUUCUAUGUAUAUGUAAAAAGAUAAGUUAAUUCCUAAUUGGAUCCACUAAAUAUUUAGUUUUCCAAGCUUUUGCUCCAUAUUUCUGAUUUUACUUCAACAACCACUCAAAAUGAAUAAUAGAAAAGGAAACAAAUUUCUAGAAAUACCUUAUACUUUUAUUUUACAACUCCACAAAAACCAUUUCACUCAAUUAAUGAAUUUUUAUCGCGAUAAUCUUUCGUACAACGUUACUCGUUAUCCCCUUAGUCCUUAAGUAGGAAUUAUCACCCUUACUAUUGUUAUCAUGAUUACCCUGAUCAUUCUCAUUUUUAUUAUGGUCGUCAAUCGUUAUCAUUACAUCCACAAUUAAACGAAUACACACAUCGUUAAUUAACCAUUCUAUAUUGUAUACACUGUUAAACACUGAUUAUACAUAACUUCUACGUAUACAGUAAAUGUGCAGUUUGAGGCAAUGAGGUUUCCUUGAAUUAAAAAGUCAGAUUUUCCAAUCUAAACAGACAACUAAUUUACAAACAAUUUUACAAACUCCAUCAUGGGUUUCUAAUGCUACAGAAUAGGGUGGUAAAUAUACGGUCUAUGUCAGGACCUACAAUUUCUUUCACAAAGCGUAGAUAAUUUUUCUCUUUGAAUUUUUCCCAAGCUCAUAGGAUUCUUUAAAAGAAGCCUCGUUGCUCCGAAGUGUACAUCCAAUGGCAGAAACAUAGAACAGAGAUACUUUGAUUUUCUGGGACUCCGUAACCGAAGUCACCAUCUUAAGUUCCUACAGUGCGAGGAUGAAAAUAAGUACAGGAAAAGGGAAAAAACCGAACAAGAAUGAGAAAAAGUAUUAUUGUUGAGAGUGAGCGUGAGAGAGAAAGAAUUGAAAGCGCGAGCAUAUACGAUAUCGCCCGGAAGAAAUAAUUAUUUUUAAUUUACGUGGAAGCUGAAUACACUUGUACAUAGGAUCCAAAAGAGCGAGCAGUCGAUUAUUUAUACGUAAUAUACAUACAUACCAAAUAUAUAUGUAUAUACAUAUAUAUUUCACGCGAGCAUUGUUCUUCGGAUACAACCUUCAAAAUUGUAAGAAACUGCGUGAAUGAGAGAGGAAUGUACGAAGAGAGUGUAAGCGAGUGUGAGGAGAGAAUGAGUACAUAAGACACGCGGUUUCUUUGUCGUGCAAUAUGUAAUGUGGGAAGUUUGAGAAAGUUUCCGAGUUCCGUGUAUCGGGUGCAAAAGUGUAUCGGGGGUGCGAGUUACCGGUAUUAGAUGGCGUUCUGCUACCGAUGGUCGGUAGUCAUACCCAUUGUCGGUUAAACAGAUUUAUUCAGUUCUUUUGAACCUAGUUUUUCGCGGCUUUUCACUCGACACGGACGAGGAGGAUUUCCAUCGGUCACUUUUUUUUUGACCGGGUUCCAAUGGUCGUGACAUAGAAACCGUCAAAUUCAACUGUAUAAAAGCGACAGAGAUGAAACCAGGAAAAACAGAUGAAAUAGUUACUGCAUCGGUUGUGCUGUCACGUAGUUCCUAAAUCGCCCUAGCCUCGCCCCGAGCGCACGAGAGAAAAAUAAACUGAAUUUCAAUGCUGUUGCAAUUCGUGGUACGGUAAACGCUGCGACUUCGAUGCUCUUGGUUGAAGGAGUAAUUCAUUAUCUUUAGUAAUAUUAUUAACACUAUUAUUCCUGAUACAGUACAGAGCAUGGAGCUACCUAGGAAAAAAAUGUGAUUUAGUGAAGGAGAGCAGAUUUAGAAAAAAGUCAAUGUAAUUUCAAAAUUUUAAUUACAAAGUUCUGAUAUCCAAAUUUUUAAAUUUCAACAAAUAUGAAUUCAAAUUUUCCUGCAUAAACAUUUACAUGCUAUUGGUAGUUUCCUAGGCAAAUCUCCGAUUCUCAGAACUGUACCUAAUACUAAUAUCCAACUUAACAAAACAGAGAAUUUUUUUUUAAACGCUGCGCUGAAUUUAAUCCUACAGAGUUAUAUCCAUCGUUAUUUAGUUAUCUCAUCCUUUAAUUUUCUACUAAAUAUAAAAUAUAUUGCGACAGGAUUAAAGUCGUGGAGACCAAGAUUUUUAUGAACUAGUUUCACGCAGUGUUUAAGAAAGAAAGUAAUUUAUUUCACCGAUAAUACCAGAGCAAGGGGACAAGUUUCGAAUUUGAAACUAAUGUGGCGAUAUACGGAAUAAUGGAGUUAGGGUUCCAUAACGGUGCUUAGCCGUAUUUACCGUACAACGAAGGUAAGAAGAAAUAGAACGAUAACCGGUUGUUAAUUCUACUUCCGGUUUUGUACGAUACACCCAAUAAAACGAUCGAAAGCGCACAUUGCAGAAAUAUAAUAUAACGAUAUAUUUAUACGAAUUACAAUUGUACCAUAAUGAUUAUAAUACUACUUAUUAUAUUAUACAGAGCCGCCGCCACCCAGUAUAUUUUUUACAGGUUUACAUUGUAUUACAGUUUAUAAAAGUUUGAUAUACAAUAACAAUUACCUAAGGCGCAUUGCCAUGGUGUCGCGUGGGCCUAAUAACUAUAGGUAGAACUGCAAAAAACAUCAUGGACAAUGCGCCACUCUAUAACUACAAUAACUUCCGAGUGUUUGAGAACCGAUGUAUUUCGAGAAACCAUAAGGUAAUGGCGAGCAGGAAGACUUUUCUUUCGUGCCGAACAUAUAGAUAUUUUAUAUGUAUACACAAACAAUAUAUAUAUAUAUAUGUAUAUAUAUAUAUGUAUAAAUAUAAAUAUAUGUAUACAGAAUGCGUGCAGCGCAUUUCACGCACAACGAGACUCUUUAUAAAUAGGAUGGAUUAUGCGAUCAGUCGAGUACAAUUUAAUUAGUAUUGAUCCGCCAAACGAUAGAAAUAGAAACGGAAGGGGGUUGUGUACUGUUGCUGUGACCGUUGCCUUGCGACCAGCAAUAGACUUGCACAUUUUCUUUUCUUUUUUUCUUUUUAAUUUAUACAUAUUUAACACUUUGAUGGUUUUAUAUUUUAUGCAGCUUUAUGUAAGUACAUUCCUUAUCGGGAGAUUAUUAACCCUUUAGGUAUACAUACGCUGUGUCUUACCAUGCUUAGGAUUGUACAUAAUAUUAAAUAAAUGCUUCUCAAAAUCCUAGUUUUGAAGAUAGCAAUUUAAAAAAAAAAUUAAUAUAAUUUCUAAUUAUUAAACGUUAUAAAAUUAUAUUUCCUAGUAAUACCAACUUCAUUAGAGUCUGAAGAGUUAACAGUACAAGAGUUAACAAGUACACCUUCCAAUAAAAGCAACCAUGAUGAAAGGUUUAAUAUAAUUACACAUGCUUGAUAGUUUCAUUAUGAAUUUUUAAAUUGUAAUUAGUAUCUGAUGAGUAAAGGGAUGAUAUGGCCAUCGAAGUGUUAAAAGGAAGCAGAGAUUGUUCGUCGUUCGUUGAUAUUAAUUAUUAAUAAAUGAAUUGAAGAGUACGAAAUAGACCUCGGUUCUCAAACUCUCGUGCCGACAAUGCAUUGAAUAAAUGCUGCAUAACUUGUGAUACGUUUACCACUGGUUACUACAGAGACUUCCUAGCCGGUCCUACGACAGGAUCGGCGCCACUAGUUCACUCACGCACACGAUUCAACGUUUAUACCGAUUUAUUACGGAUUUAUUGAUUACGUACGAUAAAUUCAAUUAGAUGAUGUACUUAAACGAACAGAAAAAAAGAAACGGUCAUUGUGAAAGGCGCGAUGAAAACGAUGUGAUGCGCACACGAGGCUAGGACGAGGCUAGCUACCUAAAUCCCACGUUCACUCUUCGGACUAAAAAGAAAACGAUACAUACGUACACACAUACACAGACAUACACACACGACCCAAUCGUAUUCACCCGCCCUGAUAAUGAGAAUUACUAUAUUAACCCCAAUAAAAACUGUACAUACAAUUGCAACGUU